AAUUAUUUUAUUUCAGGGUGGAAACGGUAGAGAAAGAAAACGUAAAAACUCGUCCAACCCGUAAAAGAGCAUUACCUAUUAAGAAGUAUUAUUCAGAUAGUGAUGACAUAAAUGAUGACUAUGAGUUCAUACCAGUAACCAAAAAGAAAAAUAAGAAAGGUUCCAAGGAAGUAGUAGAAUUAAUUAUAAAGAGUAGUAAAGAUGGGACCAAUCGAAGAAGAAACAAUGACAUAAAUAAACAAUGGCCUUGCAAGAAAUGUAAUGAAAUUAUGCCCACGAAAAGAAAAUUACUUGCUCAUAGAAAAUCAGAACAUCCAAAGGUGGAUGUUGAAGAACAUACAUUCAAAUUUGAUGACCAUCAAGAACUUUACGUUUGUAAUACUUGUUCGGCAGAAUACAUAGAAAAAGAUGAAAUAGAACGACAUGUGAAAGCACACGAGGAAAAAUUUGAAUGUAAUAUUUGCAAUUCAAAAUUCAAGAAAGCUUACGAUUUUGGUACUCACAAUUCCACUCAUGAUCCUGAGAAAAUGUUUCGAUGUCCACUAUGUCCGUAUAGUACAGCGAAAAGAACGGGGUUCCUUGUCCACAUAAAUUACACGCAUUUGAAAAAAUUUGGUUACGUAUGCGAAACUUGUGGAAAAGGGUUCAAUGAUUUAAUUUUGUACAAAGAACAUAACAACGAGCACUUGGGGGUGAAACCAUUUUUUUGUAUCGUUUGUUCUAAGAGUUUCACCUACUCUAGGUAUCUUCACACCCACCAAGUACGAUCACAUAGAGUAGGUAUCGAUGGUCAGUUAUUACCUAAUCAGUGCUCUGUAUGUAACAAGGUUUUCAGCAAGAUGACUACUCUUCAGAAGCAUAUAUUGGAUCGCCACGUGAAAAAAGAGCUACCUCAUGCGAAAAAGCAUCUCUGUGAUACGUGUGGCAAAGGUUUUGCUCAAAAAAACAAGCUGAGAAUGCAUUACAGGGUCCACACCGGAUUCAAACCUUACACUUGUACGUACUGCGCCAAGAGUUUUACAAAAAAAGAUUAUCUAGUUAUGCAUGAAAGAGUGCACAGUGGCGAGAAACCAUAUUCUUGUAAAUUCUGUGGAAAGUGUUUCAGUCAGGGAGCGCCAUUGAGAAUUCACAUUCGAACUCACACCGGGGAGAGACCUUACAUCUGCCAAUUUUGUUCUGCAGGAUUCACUUCUCGAGGUGCACUCAAUAUGCACUGUAAAAAUUGUACUGGGUGUAUGUGAAUUGUUCUUUGUGAAAAUAUAUACAUCAUCAAUCGUUGAA